UGCCUAUAUCCUUAUUUUUGUUUGACGCCAGAUGGAAGCGGGGAUAAGAUGGAAUUGUACCAGCCCUUUGGACAACAUCACUUGUUGAAUGACAAAAACAACCAUUUACCUAUACAACUUUUCUGCUUGAAACCAAAAACAAGCGUAAACAUUGGCUGUAUGACUUCUCAUGAACCACACGUUGUUGGAUCGAACAAUACACGUGGAAGUAGCCCAGUCCGCUGUUGAAUUUAUCACUUGAAUCAUAGUUAUGUCCCUUGCCAACUAUGUAGCAGACAGGGGGCGCAUACGAAGAAGGAAGCAGACGAUGGCGUUGACAGCAUAUGAACACGGCAAUCUUUGAUUUCUCGCCUGAAUAUACCUCAUCAUCAUCAAUGCCUUGAACGAACGAUGGCCACAGAAGCUCAAGAAGUGGGAAACUCUGCAAUAGAUCAAGUGGAAGUGGAAAUGGUUCUGAAGCAGUUUGAUCAUUGGCAACAGGCUGUGAUGAGUUUACAGAGGACAAGGUCAGACUUAAUGGACAAGUUAGCAGCCAAAGGAAAAGAAAACCAAGAACUACAGCAAAGGAAUGUAAAAUUGCGACAAGAAUUAACAGAUAUGCACGAGGCAAUUGAUGGCAUCCAGAAACAGUUGCAGUAUAUAUGCACCUUACAAGAUGAUGUUGAAACUCUUAAAUCAAAAUUGCAUUUAGAGAAGCACAAGACAGAUGACCUAAACAAGAAAGUAGCUGACAUGCAGGAACAGCAUGAACAAGAAAUUGUGGAACUGAAGGAAAAACACAACACAGACAUGCAAACAGCUGUUGAGUCUUCAAAAGCUGAGGGACAUCUACUGAUUGACAAAUUAAACCGUGCUUUGUCUGAGAGAGACAUCACUAUAAAUGGCUUGCAUGGCCAGCUACAACAGGCUGAGAGUGAGAAACAGGCUGAGGUUGUGAGAAUAACCAUGGAGUUUGAGAGCAAAAUUGCCAAGCUUCAGAGGCAAAAGUUACAGAGUUGUAGUGCUGCUCAGUCAUCAGCUGCAGCACAGGAAAUUUUCAGAAAGAAACUGCAGUUUAUGAAAGCUGAAUCAGAGAAAGAGAUUUCAGCAUUGAAACAGACUAUUGCUGAACUACGACAAAAAGUAACGAAUCUGCAGCGAGAGCCUACCAAACUUUCAUUAUCUAUUGGCAAGAAGCGGAGAUAUUGAAACCUGUUGUCAACCGUCUGUAAAGAUGAUAAAGGGAGAGUUGCCAUUUUCUGACAGUUAAGAUCCUGUCUUCUCCUGUAAAUAUUUAUUUGAUAUAGAUUACCGAAGUUGAUUUGGUUAGAUACCAUGACAACAUUAAAUCCCUUAAACCUGACUUUGUUUUGAAUACAUGUAAAAAGAAAACACAUCGGAUACAUGUGUACAGGUUUUAUCUCUUUCACCAUCCUGAGACAAAUGCAGGCAAUUUGUUUAUCCCCGUAAUGAUGGCCAUAAUUCAGAUAAAGGCUUAGACAAAGUCCAAACUGAGCUAUCACAUACACAUCAUGUAGUGAUCUAAUAUGAGGUUAUCGUGAAGUGUUUUGUACAUUACGGAAUGGUACUGUACCCGUCCAUGUUGCGUUGACAAUGCGUAUCCAGAGCAGAUUUCCAACACAACAUGACGAGUACAAUACCACCCGAUAAUGUACAAAUCAUUUUACAAUGACCUAUUUAUUAUAUAGCUCAACCUGUCCAAGGACUUUCACGUCCCCUACAAACGCCAAAGAUACACAUACAGAUUUAGCUGGCCUGGAGUGGAGACAAUUUUCUCCCUGUUCUCGUCAGGUAAAGCAGUCUGUACUCGGCGCUUGAAUAUAAGUUGUGAAGUUGUGUUCGAUCUUCACAAGAGUAUUUUGCCAAAUUUGGAAAUUAACAAAUAAUGAAAUUUAUUCCCUCAAUCAACAUUUCAAGAAACGAGGUAAGGAAAUGAUACACACCGCAGCACCUCAAAAUGCUUUAGCAUAUAAAAUUACUGCCCUUAAUUGCUACCAUACAACAUGAAAAUAAUAUGACUCUUCGGGAUCCAAUAUUACUCCAGGACGGUCAGGUGGUGGAAUGUGGUUAAUUGGACGACAUUACCACAGAGUGAGUUUUUGUUCCCACAAUAAAUGCCUGAUUACAGUAAUUAAAUCUCCAGAAAUAUUAUACAUUUUGUUCAUAAUAGUCAAAAACAGAAGCCAUGUACAAAGCCACUUUUUCUUUAGAUCAGUAUAUUCACAUUCAAAAAAUCUAAAAACAUGUUUACAUAAAACGUUUAUGUUGUUUAAGAGUAGAUCCUCAACCUCUGUGAGAAAUAAUCCUGGCAGACAUGAUAAAGGAUAUGAUGAUAUGCGACAUGUGGCAAGUCAAGGAAGUAAAAACGCAUUAUACAAAUAGAAAUAACUGGUCUUGCAAUACCCUUCAUUCACAACAUCUACCUGCGGGUAGUAUCAAAUAAUUUUAGUGACAAAUCUCGAACUGAGGAAAAGUGCAAAAAAUGAACAUGAGAUUCUCAUGUAAAUAAGGAUGAAUAAUAUGCACAAUAAAAAAAGUGCAUUAUCUCAACAAUACAAUUAGAUUAUGAAGCACUGUGAUAUGUUUUAGGGCAACCUAUCCCAUUGCCUGUACACAUAAAAACAAUAACAAAGAUAAUUCACAGCAUAUAUAUUUAGGCCACACCAAUUAAAGUUUUUGUUUUAUGGGCACAAGGAAUCUUUUUUUUUAAUGUCGGAGGAUGAUAUAAAAAUAAGAAUAAAAAUGAAAAAUCAUCUAAUCUGUGGAAUGUCCCUACCGUUCUUCCUGUUAAAGACAUAUUUAAGUGGUUGGAAAACCUUGAAAAAUAGGGAAAUCAAAUAUUUACAUUGAACGAAAUGAAAAGAUUUUUUAGUGUUGCCUUGCCCAUAGGUAGAAAAGGAAAAAAAUUGAGCAUUUAUUUAAUAUCUUUAUCUUUAUCUGGUGAAAAUAAAUACUGCUGAUUAACAUUGAGUACUCUUGACUUCAUCCUUUCACAUACCGAGGGAAAGACCUAUAUCUUAUCAAUAUAGUUCUGGUCUCUGAAGUCUUCCCUAAGACUUUGAC